GCGAGGAGAAGGAGAGAGAGGGGUGUGUGUACACAUAUAAAGAGAGAGAGAGAGAGAGCUGGAGGAGUCAGUACUACAGGCUGAGUGGUGGUGGUGCACGGGUUCAGUUCUACAGGCUGAGUGGUGGUGCUCGGAUCUCGGCUGCUCCUGCACACUGCAGCCCUGACACAGGAACGCAUUUAGCGCAUUUGGGUUCGGAACUGCACCCCGAGAGGACAUGGCAUUAAGCGGGACCAUUUUACCCUCUAUAUCGACUUUUUCUGCACAGAAGGAGAAGUGCUGGGAGAACAGGUGGAGGGACGACCUGGACAGGUCCAUCAUGUCCGGCUGCUUUGCUGAACUCUCCCAGAGCAUGGAUGCUGUAGUGAGAGGGGAGGACGAGGAUCUUGAUAAAUACUUAGAUCUGGAGUUUAUCCUUGCUAACACGGCGGGGUCUGACAACCUCUUGGUGCCCGGGCACACCAUGACCAUGGGAGGUGACUACAGAAUGCAGCAGACAGACUGUAGGAAUGCCUAUAACUCCACCACGGCGUACCCAGUGCCAGAGCUGAACACGUCACCUCCACCGUACGGUGCCAGCCUGAUGGCAGAGCUCCUGCGUCCCGACGUGGACACGUACUGCCCGCCUCAACCAGCCAACAACACCAUCGUCCAGGGUAGAUUUCUCGUCCGGUCCGGCUUUCACAACCAGGACAUUUCUGAGCACGUCAAAGUCGAGCCGAUCACAGAUGGUUACGGACCUGUUAUGGGCAUGGUGCCCAAAAUCAAAAGAGAGAACGACAGUGCUUGUAUGAGGGCGUACGAGCAGCCCAUGCUCGCUCAUUCGCCUCAGGGUUCGGGCAGCAUGACGCCCCCGCUCAGCCCGGCUGAGAUAAACGCACUUAACACGGACACUCAGAGCCAGAUGUGCCGCUCGCUGCAGUACCCACAGAGCUUCGCAUGCCACGCGCCCGCACACAUCCAGCUCCCGUACCCAGGCACACCGCGUUUUGACAGCAUGCCAGUGCCGAACGCAGGGCAGAGGGUCCUCCUGACGCCGCCUUCAUCGCCACUAGAGCUGGAUGCCAAGCCAAAGAGGGGAAGACGCACAUGGCCGAGGAAGAGGACGGCAACUCACACCUGCACCUACGCCGGAUGUGGCAAGACGUACACCAAGAGUUCACACCUAAAGGCACACCAGAGAACCCACACAGGUGAGAAACCGUACCACUGCAGUUGGGAAGGCUGCGGCUGGAAGUUCGCCCGCUCCGAUGAGCUGACCCGCCACUUCCGCAAGCACACCGGGCACAGACCAUUCCAGUGCCACCUCUGCGAGCGUGCCUUCUCCAGGUCCGACCACCUCGCGCUGCACAUGAAGCGCCACAUGUAGAAAAUGACCGGGCGUGGACCGACGCAUGACCACGGACCAAAAGUAUCCGGACAGAUGCUGUGACCUUACACAUGUUCUCACCAUGCAUCCAUGAUCCAGAUGUCAGAACUUGCAGGCUUGGGAACCUCCAACUAACUGGACACUGUGCCUUUACUCUGCAGAUCUUCAUCGUGUAGCUGGUACUACUCUGAACUUUAUUAAACCACUUCAGUAGGCUGGACCUGCACACUUGACACAACUGGAAUCGAUCAGUAAAAACGCGAUGUUAAACAACACGAUGUGCUUCCCACGUCACAAAGUGCCUCUUCAAUCAUGUCUAGACUGUACUAGAUAUUUGUCACAAGUGCCAUUAAGUGUAUUUGCAUUUUUGUUAUCUAUGCAGCCGUUUCCAAAUGAAUAAGCUUUAAGACAAUGUUUUUAUUUUCUAAAACUGCCACUCAUGGAACUGAAUGUCUUGGGCAAAAUAUAUUUGUAUAACAUCAUUUAAAUCAGGGUCUUUUUUUAAUGGUUUAUAUGUAUUUUUACAGUAAAUUACAGACUGUCCCAUGUUCGACAGGACAUGACAAGGGCUACAAACGUGUCUCGUGAUUUGUUUUUGGGACAAAGUCUUUUGACUUGUACAUAAUUUAUACAUUGUAAAUAUUGUAUUUACUGUAUAUAUUAAACUUAUCUGAAAUUCUA